GCCAAUUUGGAAUCAAACCUCGGUCCAACCGGUAAACGACUCGAUUAUAUAACAUGGCAUCAACAUCACAUGUAUAUGGCAAGAAUGCUGAGUGAAAUGAGUACAGUAAAACGACCCGAUGGAUGCUACAUCGUAGAUCAAGAACACUACCAAAUUGUGUCUGGAUACGCAGGAGAGCUUCUUCCGUCAAAUUCCAAUGUAUGCAACUGUGGAAUAUCAGUUGCACUUCAAAAAUUGGAAAAUAAAUCCCACAACGGAAUGGAUUGUAUCAUAUACACCUCAAGUUUUCCCGAUUGUAGUCACUGUUUGGAGAAGAUUUUGAAUUUGAAAAUAUCGAAAAUUUGGCACUGGAACUCGCCGACAACAACAAAAGAAUUAAAAAUUCUCGAGAUGCUUGAAGCCAGUUCGAUUCAAUGUGAAAAGUAUACCCCAACUCGAACGAUUUCUAUCAACUUUAACAAUUGACUUUCAAAAAUGCAAUGCUCAAAUUUUUUUUAUUAAUUUUCAAACAAAAAACAUUUUCAAGAAUAACAUGACAUUAUCAGUGUAAUAAAUAAAGGCAUUU